ACAAAAUCCGACGUUGGUAGUAAUUUAUCACUGUACCAAUGUUUUAACAAAUCUAAUUAGUAAUCUUAUACCAGUAACUUAUCAAAUCUUGUAAAUGAUCCAUGGAUACAGGUAAACAAACUUGCGACGCAUUGCUAUAAUUGAGACAUUCGCACGACAGGAAAGUACUUCAUAAGCAAAUAAAAACUUCUGUUAGAUAUGUCAUCUAAUAGUGAAACGGUUAACUGGACUAAAGGAUGUACAGGACUGACUGUCACAAAGAUUGGUCUCUCCAAAUACAUAAUUGAUACAUGGAAAGCUCAUUUGCUUACUUGGAAAGAAAAAGAACUUUCUCAUCUUCCCGAGUUCUUUGAAGACGUAGAUGAAGGAAGUAUAAUUUAUCAAAAAGGGACAGGAAAUAAAAAAGGGUGUUGGAUAAUUAAGUGCCAAUGUCAGUCAGGAUUGUGUCAAAAAAUCCUUGACCGGUUGCGUGAUUUACACGGACAUGAGUCAAGAAAAAUCGUUUGGAAAACAAUGCCAGAAGAACAGUCGGACCAAACGGCGUCGGACAAAAAGAAACAACUUUGGCAACUUACAUUGCCUACGGCUUACCCGUUUGUCUCAGAAUACUGUAGAGUCUGCAGUAUAUGUAAAAGUAUUGAUUGCCCAUUUGAACGGCAUCGCAACGGCGUACCUUUGUUUGACUAUACACGAUCGAAUAGUAUCGAUUCACAUUUCUUGCCUUUUACAAGUACUAGUAUUUUCCAAAGAAGAGAGAGAAUUGUCGACGAAUAUUACUGGAAGAUUGCAAACAUGUUUAUGUUUAGAGGAACGGAGAGAAACGAAAUUCCCAAUACCGGACCUGAAGAUACAGACACUGCGCUAGUUUUCAAGAUGAUGAAAUACUGCAAACUGUUCUCACUGGAUGGAGACGAAGCACAGGAUGAAGUUUACGAUGAUUUACUUGAAGUAAGAAACUUCCUGAUGCACACCACAGAUAAUCGUUUGUCUGACGAAGCUUUGGAAGAAUGUUUCACUCGUAUGAAAACAGUAUUGGAGACGGAAAAGUUUAGUGACACGUUCAGUACAAAAGCAGUUGCGGAGUUGUCAAUGCUUAAAUCAAUGUCGAUAUAUUUAACAACGUUAACAUCGGAAGAAGCAGACAUUGUGAAACAGGCUUUUGCCGAACAACAGUCUGCUUUGAAAUAUGAUAUCCAUAUCACCAGACAACUGAAAAAUGACUACGUGUUAGAGGGACUCUUGAAAGUUAGCGUUGAAAAAUGCAAGGAAUACACACAGAAAUAUGAGCAGGAGACCAAAAACAACCCAGUAGAACGACAUUCAGAAGAACAUAGAAAUCCAAACAAGGUAAUACUAUGUUUGUUAUCUUAGUAUAUUGUAUUUUACCUGAUGCGUUAAUGGCGGCGACGAAUGUGA